AUGAUUCUUCUGUUUAUAACAACGAUUUUAUACGCACAUGUGAAUUGCCAGUACUAUGCUUCGCCAUACGUGGUUCAAUCACCAUCUUACGGAUGCAGCUGCUGCUCACCACCAGUCACCUUACAGGCGCCUCCGUCUCCCCCUAUCUACGUGUCCCUUCCCGCCCCAUCUCCAUUUACCGUUACCCCACCGCCACUCCCGCCAAUGCUGAUAGAAUUGCCAAUGCCGCCACCGAUAACGCUAACGCCACCCCCAGGGCCGCCAAUGUGCAUAACCCCGCCCGCAUCGCCCCCUAUAACGAUAAACCCACCUCCAUCUCCCCCCAUUAACAAUCAACCCCCCACCAUUACCACCUAUGUGUGUAACACCGCCUCAGCAACCACCAGUAUUUGUCAGUCCACCGAUUCCUCCGCCAAUCUUCUUGGAACUACCGCUUCCUCCUCCAUUUGUGAUUGA